GCAUUUCACGAAUCCAAUUACGAGGUCCUUUCAGUAGAAAUAGAUUUUUGUAAUUCCUUCAGGGUACCAUCAAAAAUUAAGUAUCAAGACGAUCAAAACUUGAAAAUAACAACCGUUUGGGGUCGUCGCGUAAAUGUGAUUAUUGUUCAUUUCGUAGUGUACAAAUGA